AUGUCCAUCCCGACUUUCACCAUUGAAAGAUAUUGCAUUGAGAUUAAGAAUUCUCGUCCUCAUUCACUUUCACGGCAGAGGCUCCCCAUCAGUGCUUCUUUCACUCGUUUUCCGGGGACAGUUGAUCACGAUGAAUCCCCUAGCAGGCUUAGAUGUCGAAAAAUUAUCCCAAGAAGAGAAGCUUGA